AUGGACUUCACAACAUCCGAAAUGGAUGAUCGUUCUAAACCGUUUGACUUCGAUGUAACACACCGCGAUCUCAUUCAUCAGGUUGCCUUUGAUCAUCAUGGUCGACGUCUUGCUACGUGUUCAAGUGAUAUGACAUUGUCCGUUUGGGACCGAACACCUGAGGGAGCAUGGAUCAAAGCAGCUAGUUGGAAGGUGCAUGGUGGUGCUGUCUGGAGAGUCGUUUGGGCUCAUCCCGAAUUUGGACAGCUACUGGCUACAUGCUCAUAUGACCGCAGUGUACACAUAUGGGAAGAAAUAAGGAGCGCACCAGGAGCAGAAGGUCGUAAGGGUGCUCGUUGGGUUCGGAAAGCUUACCUGACCGAUAGCAGAGCGAAUGUUACUGAUAUUGCGUUUGCUCCUCGACAUCUAGGCCUAUUGCUGGCGACAGUAUCAGCGCAAGGUAUUGUACGGAUUUACGAAGCAGCCGAUGUAAUGGAUUUAUCAAGAUGGUCUCUAUGUCACGAACUUCAGGCUUUCUAUACAAGAUGCGGUAGUGUGGAGUGGAGUCGAUCUCGGAUACAUAAACCUCUUCUUGCUGUUGCCUCCGACGAUAAACGUGCAGAAAAUGAUGAACGUGUCGUGAUCUAUGAACACAACGAAAAUUUGCGGAAGUGGCAGCGAGUAAUUUCGCUUCGGCUAGAUUUAGCUUUCCCGGUGACUGAUCUGCGCUUCUCUCCAAUUGCUCUCGCUGAUUCGCAUCAGUUGGCCGUAGCAGCUGGAGAUGUGCACGUGUACAGUAUCAAGAUCCCCGUAUCAGCUUUUGUUGAUGACGACAACGGAACUCCAGAGAACGUACCGACUGAUGCAACAGAAUACUCGGCGAACAAAGUUGCUGUUCUUGGCGACGAACGUCGUGCGUGGCGCAUCAAAUACAAUGUUACUGGGACAGUACUGACAGCGUCAAGUGGCGAUGGGACCGUUCGAGUUUGGAAAGCAAUGUUCGUAAAUCAAUGGGCUCUGUUAGCAGAAAUGUCGUCAGAAGACUAUCUGGAGGAAAGGGAAUUAAUAAAGGUGAAAGGUGUACUGUCUGAGGCGGGACGAGGCGAUGGAGAAGCAUAUCAACGGAAGACCUACUACUAG